AGGAUCUCCAAAGAAAAUGUUAUGCACAAGAAGAAAGCCAUGGCAAAACGGAGCGUAAAAGCAGCGGUAAUCGGAGCCGGCAUGUCGGGGCUGAUCGCAGCCCGGGAGCUCCGUCGAGAAGGGCACCGCGUGGUGGUCUUCGAGAAGGGCAGCGAAGUCGGGGGCACAUGGGUCUACGACCCCCGGGUCGAGUCCGACCCCUUGGGUCUCGAUCCGGGUCGCGAGGUCAUCCACAGCAGCAUGUACAAGUCGCUCCGAACGAACCUCCCGAGGCCAAUCAUGGGGUUCUUGGACUACCCGUGUGAUGCGAAACCCGGUGUCUGGGAUGACCCGAGGCCAUUUCCGGGCCACGAGGAGGUGCUCCGGUUCCUGCAGGGCUUCGCGGCGGAUUCCGGGGUGGUCGAGCUGGUCCGAUUCGGGCAUGAGGUGGUUCGGGUCGAGCAAGUCGCCAAGGGGAGGAAUGAUGAGUGGGUCGUGGAGUGGCGGACGCGCGACGGGGAAGCUAGUGCGGAGGCGUUUGAGGCCGUGGUCGUCUGCAAUGGAAAGUAUACCGAGCCAAGGCUAGCUGAAUUUCCAGGUAGAAGUACUUGGCGAGGAGAACAAAUACAUAGCCAUAACUAUCGGAUUCCUGAACCAUACAAAGAUAAGAUUGUAGUGAUCAUUGGAAAUGGACCGAGCGGGAUCGACAUUGCAAAAGACAUCCUACAUGUCGCCAAAGAAGUUCACCUAGCUUCAAGAGAAACCACCAAGCUUGAGAUUCUUGAAGGCCUAUUUCAACAUUCCCCGAUCAAUCAUGCCAAAGAGGACGGGAAAAUAGUCUUCCAAGAUGGAUCGUCAAUAUAUGCAGAUGCUAUCAUCCAUUGUUCUGGGUACAAAUAUCACUUCCCAUUUCUUAGAAUGAAUGGAAUUGUGAACGUGGAGGACAAUUGCGUCGCGCCUUUAUAUCAACAUGUUUUCCCACCUGCGCUAGCUCCAUGGCUCUCUUUCAUUGGCGUACCAUAUCGGACUAUUGCGUUUGUCGUUAGCGAGUUACAAUCAAGGUGGGUAGCGAAAAUAUUAUCUGGGAAAAUACUGCUGCCAAGUGAAGAAGAGAUGACGUCUUCGGUACAUGAAUAUUACCACCGGAUCGAGGCGGCCGGAUGGCCCAAGCGUCAUACUCACAGGCUUCAAUUGGAGAAGUUUGAUUAUGAAAAUUGGCUUGCUGGAGAGUUGGGACUAACGCCACUGGAGAAAUGGAGACAAAACAUGUAUUUUACUUCGGUGAGUCUUCCGAUGACGUUAGGUGAAAAUUGGAGAGACACUUGGGAUGCUGAGAAAUGGAUGAAAGGAGAAGCAGGGGGAGAAGAAGAAUCGGACAAGAUUAAUUGCACUUCGGAAUGUUAAGUUUUGGAAGCGAUUUAAGGAAUCCAUUUGCGUUCUCCCUUUGAUCAUUUGUCAGCGUUCUCUUCAGCUCGCUUAUGCGAAAGGUAAUCUACGGUCGUCCGUGACUUUCACGUCCUCCACCUGAGAUCUUGGCCCUCUCGACGUCCUCGGAAUUGCACCGCCUCAAAUCUAAUGUAGUCGUGGAAGAAGUUGUGAACGGCUGCGGUAGCUACUGAUGUGGGGUCAUAACGGUGCUCUUUCGAACUUCAUGAAAAGGUUGAAGACUAAAUUGAUUGAAUUAGAAAGUUUAUAAUUGAAUUGACAGUAAUACAAUAUAUUUAAGAAUGAUGGAACAGUUUUUGCAAGAAAAAUAUACUCAAUUAUCAUAGCAGAAAGGCUACACUAUGCACACCAAUUUAUGGUGGGAAUUGGUGCGAGUUUGUUUGGAUUCUUCCAUAUUCUUGUCUAGGUCUAUUUUUCCUCAUUUAGAUACCUGAUUAAUCUAUACCCUACAAGACCCUACUGUAUUGAAACUAGGGUGUCAAAAUUGAAUUGUGUACCUAAAUUGAAGCAUGACUGGCCCGUCCCAACUCGAAAUUUUCAGGUCUUUUUAGUUUGGAUAAAUGAGUAUAAAACAAAGAGUGUACUUGUUUAGGUUCGGGUCAUAACCCCAACCGAACUAAAACAUGUUUCCCAAUGAAAGAGAUGGUCGCAGACAUAUAAGGAGGGAAAGCCUACAUGCCAUGCAGUUG